AUGGCCGAGCUGGGCCCAGAGCCGGGACGCGCCUGGCGGGUGCUAGCCCUGUGCGGGGCUGCGGUGUUUCUGGCGGCCGCGGCAGCCGGCGGGGCCCUGCUGGCCUGGAAUCUGGCCUCCUCGGCCUCCCGGGGACCUCGCUGCCCGGAGGCAGGUGCCAACGCCACGGCGCCCCCCAGGGACCUGGCGCCAGAGGUCGAGGAGCUGCGGCGCCAGCUGGCAGAGGCUACCCAACGCCAGGAGGCCCUGGCCAGACAGCUGAACCAGGCCAACCGUGUCCGUCGGGAGCUGGAGGAGGCACUAAGGGCCUGUGAGGGCCGCCAGGCUGCCUGA